AUGUAUAACUUGCGAAGCAUUGAAAGGGAUCAAAGCGAACACCAAGAUUCCGAGGAAAAUGCAGAAGGAGUGCAACAGACCCAGCUAGCCACGAUUGUAGCCAGCCUUAAUGCACUUACAAAUGCAGUCGCACAGCUAAAAACAGUAACUGAGGAAAGCCAGCGGGAUAUUGAGCGCUUGAGGAAUAAUAUUCAGAUUGAUGUGCAACAGGCAUCGCAGCCAAAUCUCAUCGAAGCUACGCAUCAGAGUUCGUCAGUGUCUUAUCCAGAAGGGCCUGUGCAGAGUACCGCAUUAGCAGCCAGCGAAUCAGUCACUAAAUUGUAUGACCUGCCAAUUUUUUCUGGAAAUUCUGACGAAUGGCCCCUUUUCUUGGCAAAUUUUAAGGACACAACACAGGCGUUUCGCUACAGCAAUCGUCAGAAUUUAAUGAGUUUGCAUAAAUGCCUAGUGGGUCGUGCUAAGGAGACUGUAGCUUCAAUGCUAAUAUUUCCGGAAGAUGUUCGAAAUGCCAUAGCCGAAUUAGAAUUUCACUUUGGUCGGCCAGACCUUUUAGUGAGAAGCCAACUCAACAAAAUUCAGCAAUUUCCAAAUAUUGGAGAGAAUAAGGCGGAGCAAAUUAUAUCGUUCUCCACAAAGACGAGGAAUAUAGUCGCGUUUUUAACAUCAGCUAAGUGCGAACAUCAUCUUGCCAAUACGACGCUUUUGGAGCAGCUAGUCACGAAAUUGCCACCCAGCAAGCAAUACGAGUGGACCCGCCACGCAGUCAGUAUCAAGCCAUACGCAACAAUAAAAGAAUUUUCUACCUGGUUAAGCGAUCUUGCAAGAGUAGUGUGUCUCAUUCCGCCGCCAACCGCAACCACGAGAAGCUAUCAGCCUACAUCUCAACAGCAGCCACCACGAUGUAUGAUGCAUGUUCGAAAAGAGCAGCAACCAGAACGCCUUGAAGGUAUCAAGUGUUACGUGUGUGAAGGCGCUCACUCUAUCUUUAAUUGCCAAGCCUUCAAAGACAUGACCAUACGAAAUCGUUGGGAAAAGGUGAAAGCCAUUCAACUUUGCUUUUCGUGCUUACAUAAAGGGCACAAUACAUCGAAUUGCCGUUCAAGAAGAGUUUGUGACGUUGAUGGUUGCCGCCGGUAUCAUCAUCGUAGCCUGCAUGAAAGUUCUAGCUCGACGCAAAAUACAAAUGCUACACGUAGUCGAAUCGAAUCGCAACCCGUGCUCAACUGCAGAGACGCCGAGUGUAGAAAAGGUCAGUUUUUUAAAUACGUUCCAGUUUCACUGUUCGGACCGAAUGGUCGAGCAGAUGUUUUCGCAAUGGUAGACGAAGGUUCUGCCAUAUCAUUGAUCGAAGAUAACGUAGCAAGCCGCUUGGGUCUCAAAAGUAGGAGACAGCCACUAACGCUUCAAUGGUAUGGCCAGAAGUGCACAACCGAGGAGUCAUCGAAAGUGAGCCUUGAGAUAAGAGGCAAAGGUUCGCCAUCAACAUACAGUCUGCGCAACGUAUGCACCCUACGUAGCCUUGAUUUGCCCGCGCAGUCGUUUACAAAAGCCGAUUAUGCCCACUUUGGGUUUUUGCCGAUAGAGGACUACAGCCAAGUCAAGCCGUCGUUGCUGUUGGGCCUUGAUAAUACGUCGUUAAGCGUGCCGUCUACGACUGUACAAGCCAACAGUCAAAGCCCAGUAGCCAUUUGUACCAAACUUGGUUGGAUAGCUUACGGCCCAACCAGUUUGUCGCCACAAACACCAGUCGUACUACAUGUCCGCGAGCGAAAGCGCCCAGCCACACUAAACGAACUCGUCACCGAGUAUUUUGCCGCCGACAACUUUGGAGUAGGUGAGUCGCUCAAGCAGAUUGAGUCUGAGGAGGAUCAGAUGGCCCGCCAGAUGCUGGAAUACAACACUCGCCGCGUGGGUAAGCGUUUUGAGAGCGCACUUUUGUGGAGAAGCAUUCCACCAGCACUUCCUAACAGUUACGACAUGGCCUACAAGCGACUGUUAGGAAUGGAACGUAAAAUGAGAGUCGAUUCCAGUUUUGCCGCCAAGUAUAAGGAGGAAAUCACUAAAUAUCUGCGCAAUGGUUACGCCAGAAAGCUGUCCGACGAAGAAGUAUGUAUAAAAACAGAUUUUAAAUGGUAUUUACCGCAUUUUGCAGUUCAUAACCCGCACAAGCCUGAGAAGAUGAGGAUCGUAUUCGAUGCAGCCGCCCAAGUCUAUGGCGUAGCAUUGAACUCCGCUUUGCUCAAGGGACCUGAGCACGCCAAGCCAUUAUUGAACAUUUUAUUUAAGUUUCGCGAAGGCGCUGUUGCAGUCGCAGCAGAUAUUCGUGAGAUGUUUUCUCAAGUUGUUGUAAAAGAGCGAGAUCAACAUGCCCAAAGAUUCCUAUGGCGUGAUGGAAACAGUGAUCGUCCAGUGGAACACUACGUAAUGCAGUCAAUGGUCUUCGGAGCCAUAUGCUCGCCGUGCAUAGCAGAAUUUGUGAAAAAUAAAAACGCCGAAGAUUUUCGUCAACAGUAUCCUGAAGCCGUUACAGCCAUAGUCGAAGGUCACUAUGUCAACGAUUUUGUCGCUAGUUUUAAAAACGAGCGAGACGCCGAACGCAUUUGCAGGGAGGUCGUGAAUAUUCAUUCGGAAGGGGGGUUCCAACUGCGAUCAUUUGUCUCAAACAUCAAGCAGCUGCAAGAUAGCCUGAAUAAAGAGCCAACAACGUCACAGUCUGUGAACUUAGAAAGCCGUGCGAACUACGAGAAGGUAUUAGGAAUGCGUUGGAACACGGUGACAGAUUCCUUUGAGUUUCAGCUCAAUUUUCACCGGGUUUCUAAAGCCGUAUUAGAAGGAGUUCGUCCACCAACCAAGCGCGAACUUCUCAGCAUACUCAUGUCAGUGUUCGAUCCGUUUGGCAUACUUGCCGACUUUCUACUGUUUGCCAAAAUAUUAGUUCAAGAGGUGUGGAAGAGUUCCAUCGAGUGGGACGAAGUGAUCCCGAAUAGUUUGCAUCACAAAUGGUUUGCCUGGUGGAGUGAGCUCAGACACGUUAGUAAUGUGCAAGUCAGGCAUUGGUAUUCGCCUCAGCUUCAAGCUGCAGUAUCAAUUCAACUACACGUAGUAGUAGACGCCAGUCAAGCAGCAUUUGCCGCCGCUGCUUAUUUUCGUGUCGCCAGCGCCGAAGGUUGUGAUGUCACCUUUGCGGCAGGAAAAACCAGAGGCGCACCGCAGAAGCUGUUACCGGUGCCGAGGCUUGAACUGCAAGCCGCAGUUUAG